ACAAUGAAAAUUCUCUUUUUUAUCUUAUUUUUUUUACCAUAUUGUGCUCUUGCCUUUGAUGUAAAAAAUGUUAUAGACUCUCCUAUGUUAACAAAAAAGAUAGGAACUAAUCGCACUAUUAUAGUUGAUAUCAAUGGAAAAGGUGAAUUUAAAUCAGUUCAAGCUGCAAUUGAUUCAAUUCCUGAAGGAAAUUCUCAUUGGGUCAUUGUUCAUAUUAGAAAAGGAGUAUAUAGAGAAAAAGUGCACAUACCAAAGACUAAGCGUUACAUAUUCUUGAGAGGGAAUGGAAGAGGAAGAACUGCCAUUGUUUGGUCUGAAAGCUCAUCUGACAACAUAGCUUCUGCCACCUUCAAAGCUGAAGCCCCUGACUUCAUUGCCUUUGGAAUUAGCUUCAAGAAUGAUGCACCUACAGGGGUUGCAUAUACUUCACAAAAUCAAUCAGUGGCAGCAUUUGUGGCAGCAGAUAAAAUAGCAUUUUACCAUUGUGCAUUUUAUAGUACACAUAACACACUCUUUGAUUACAAAGGUAGACAUUAUUAUGAGUCAUGUUACAUUCAAGGCUCUAUUGAUUUCAUAUUUGGUCGUGCCAGAUCACAUUUCCAUAGUUGUGAGAUAUUUGUGGUUGAUGAUAAAAGAAUAACAAUUCGUGGGUCAAUUACAGCUGCAAGUAGAGAAAAUGAACGUGAGAUGUGUGGAUAUAUAUUUAUUAAAUGCAAAGUUUAUGGUAUUGGUGGUGUGUACUUAGGAAGGGCUAAAGGUCCUUAUUCUAGGGUUAUUUUUGCUAACUCAUACCUCUCCAAUUCCAUUGUCCCAGAAGGUUGGACCAAUUGGAGUUAUGAUGGUCCCACAGAACAUCUUUAUCAUGCCGAGUAUAAAUGCCAUGGACCUGGAGCUAGAACAGAAGGAAGAGCUCCUUGGGCAAGGCAGCUAAGUGAUGAACAAGUUGCUCCAUUUUUAGCUAUUGAUUACAUUGAUGGAAAGAAUUGGUUACCAGCAUAUCUGUAA